AUGACCGAGGAGCUCAAGACGCUCGCGCAGCGCGCGGGGCUGUGGAACCUCUGGCUCCCCGUGGACUCGCUCGAACUCAUGAAGAUCGGCGGCGGCGGCGGCGGCGCGCUCGAUGAGGGAGGAAAAAAACUCUCCAAGAGCGAGCUUUCAUUACUCACCGGGCCGGGGUUGACGAACCUCGAGUACGCGCACCUCGCCUCGGAGAUGGGCGCUUCCGUGUGGGCGUCGGAAUUCUUCAACUGCUCAGCCCCGGACACGGGGAACAUGGAAGUUCUCCUGCGCUACGGCACGGCGUCGCAGCAGACGCGUUGGCUCGCGCCGUUGCUCCGCGGGGAAAUUCGGAGCUGUUUCGCGAUGACCGAGCCCGAGGUGGCGUCGUCGGACGCGACGAACAUUCGCUCUCGCGUCGUCCGCGACGGCGACGAGUACGUCUUAAACGGUCGGAAGUGGUGGACGAGCGGCGCGUGCGACCCGCGGUGCGAGGUCGCGAUCUUCAUGGGAAAGACGACGACGGACGAAGACGCCGCGAAGGCGAACGUCCCGAAGCAUCGCCAACAGAGCAUGGUGCUGGUUCCGAUGCGCGCGAAAGGCGUGGAGGUCGUUCGACCGCUGAGCGUGUUCGGAUACGACGACGCGCCGCACGGGCACGCGGAGACGACGUUUCGCGAUGUCCGCGUGCGCGUCGAGGACGCGAUUUUGCUCGGCGAAGGUCGCGGGUUCGAGAUCGCGCAAGGUCGACUCGGGCCCGGACGAUUGCAUCACUGCAUGCGGCUGAUCGGGAUGGGCGAACGCGCGCUGCGUCUCGCGUCGCGACGCGCGGCGGAGCGCGUCGCGUUCGGUAAACCCCUCGCGGCGAACGGCUCGACGCUGCAGACGCUGGGCGCGUGUCGCGUCCGUCUCGACGGCGCGAGGCUGAUGACGCUCGAGGCUGCGAGGAUGUUGGACGCGGAGGGGAACAAACGCGCGAAGGGCGCGAUCGCCGCGUGUAAGAUCGCCGCCCCGAAGGCGGCGCUCGCGGUCAUCGACGCCGCGAUUCAAAUUCACGGCGGGUUGGGCGUGUGCGAGGACACGCCGCUCGCGCGGAUGUUCGCUGGCGCGAGGACGCUGCGACUGGCGGACGGUCCGGACGAGGUGCAUUUGGAGACGGUGGCGAGGAUCGAGGUGAGGAACGCGAAGUUGUGA